UCCGGCGGAAGUGAAGCCAAACCGUUGCUAACGUUAGCUCAUUGAAACAACUGCUAACGUGUACUGAUGUGUGGAAGUUUUUACAGACAGUUAUUCUGUCUUAGCUCAGAUUAAUAUUUUAUCACUUAAAGAUGAGUUCAGUCCAGAAUCUGAGAGAGUUGAUCAACCAGCGACUAACUGCUGCUGCUGAAGAAAUAUUCACAGAGUUUGAGAAAACCAUCGUCCAGUACGAGGAGGAGAUCGAUCGUCAGCGCAGACUGCUGGAUAACAUCUGGAAACCUGAGAUAAAGUUACACACAACAGACCGUCUGCAGCAACAUGUCCAGGAGGAGAAUGUUCUUGCUGAGCAGAAUGUCUGCAACCAGGAGAGGAACUCCAGUGUGGACCAGGAGGGCCCAGAGCUUCCACAGAUGAAAGAGGAGCAGGAGGAACUGUGCACCAGUCAGGAGGGAGAGCAUCUUGUACUGAUGCAAGAGGCUGAUACACUGGUUCAGCACAACUCCAAAUGUGAAGAAAUAUCUGGAGAAAUAUUUGGACUUUCUGCUAAACGAUUCGGCCAAUUGGAUGAAGACAUCGAUUAUCGGCGCAGGCAGGUGGAUAUGAUCUGGAAACCACGGAUAAUGUUACACAGAAUUGACCACCAACAUCAAGAUGUCUGUAAAGAGGGGAAUGGUCUCGCUAAUCAGCAGCUCUGUAACCAGGAGAAGAAGUUUCGUCUGGGCCAGAAAGAGGCAGAACCUCCAGAGAUAAAAGAGGAAGAGGAGGAACUCUGCACCAGUCAGCAGGGAAAGCAGCUUGUACUGAAGCAAGUGACUGACACUUUUCUAUCGACUUCAACUGAUAUGGACAAUGACCUCAGUGAACUAGAACCAAACAGCAACCACCUCCUCUCUUACAAUUCACCAGUAACCGUGACCCCACAUCAGGAGGGAAGCGAGCAUGUAGACUCACGUUCAACUAGAAAUGCAGCGCUGAAGCCAAAGAGUCAUAGCAGUUGCAAUGUACCCAAGUCUUCAUUGUCAGAACAUCACUGUGGUAUUGGUACAAGUGAAAAAUGUAUAAAAUAUGAUGUUUUUGGAAACACCUUUCAGAAUAAGUACCAAAUCAAGAAACAUCACCAAAUCCACAAAUGUGUAAAACCAAAUGCUUGCAAUACAUGCAGAAGAAGUUUUCGUUCACGGUCUCAGCGGAAAGUCCAUAUGAAAAUUCACAGCGGUGACAAGCUAGAUGCUUGUAAAGCAUGCGGGAAAUGUUUCAGUUGUGGUAGUCAUCUGACUGCCCACAUGAGAACUCACACAGGAGAGAAGCCAUUUUCUUGUCAAAGAUGUGGGAAAAGUUUCAAUCAACAUGUUCAUCUGACUGUCCACAUGAGAGUUCACACAGGUGAGAAGCCAUAUUCUUGUGAAACAUGUGGGAAAAAUUUCAGUGAACGUGGUAAGCUGACUCUCCACAUGAGAACUCACACAGGUGAGAGGCCAUAUUCUUGUGAAACAUGUGGGAAAUGUUUCACUCAACGUGGGCAGCUGACUGUCCACAUGAGAACUCACACAGGUGAGAGGCCGUAUUCUUGUGAAACAUGUGGGAAAGGUUUCAGUGAACGUGGUAAGCUUACUCUCCACAUGAGAACUCACACAGGUGAGAAGCCGUAUUCUUGUGAAACAUGUGGGAAAAACUUCACUCAACGUGUGCAGCUGACUGUCCACAUGAGAACUCACACAGGUGAGAAGCCGUAUUCAUGUAAAACCUGAGAAAAAAGUUUCAUUCAUUGUCAUGAUUUGUUGUACCACGCGAGAACACACACAGGUGAGAGGCCGUAUUCUUGUGAAAAAUGUGGGAAAUGUUUCAGUCCAUGCAGUCAUCUGAUUAGUCACAGGAGAACUCACACAGGUGAAAAGCUGUCGUCCUGGAACAACUCUGGGAACAAAGCUUAGUAGAACACGCAUUCAUUCACAUUGUUCGGGGUAAAAGUAGGUCUUGUAGCUUCUGUGAGUUUAUUGCAUGUCAGUCUGAGACACAUGGAUCUUUAAGAAUCUGCCAACCUGUCCAAUGGAUGCAUGGCGACUUCCAGAAGCACAUUGCAUUUACGAAAGAGACAACUGGAGACGUCAUACUUCUGAGGAAUGGCCUAAUGGUUUAUUUCAUUGGUUAUCAGUGUCUGCUGGAGCUGAGUGGAAAGGGAUGAUGUUGCUGAGAUUUAAUGUAGUGAAAAUGAGUUUACACAUCAACAUAAUUUUUGAUUUAAUUAUUUUCGUAGUUCUCAUGUUCAGUUCAUGUGUAUGUAAAUAGGUUCCUUUCCUUGAGUGCUCCUUUUCCUUUUGAAUUGUGAAGUUGCAAAUUUGAUUUAAUUUUUUUAGAAUUUCAUUUCAUAAUUUGAUCAAAUAGCUCCACAGGUUCUCCAGUUGCUCACUUUUCCGAUGAAGUGUGACAAUGUCUUAGAUAUCAUAGACACGAAAAGCCAAGUGAAUAUGCACAGUGAUUUUUAUAUUUAUUUAUUUUUGUCCAUAUAAACACGACACAACACCAUCGAACAGCUUUUAAAUGUGAGCUCCCACAUCCUCAUAUUCACUAAUUACAGCCUGGUAACAUUCUGGUAUUCAUCUCCAAACCUGUGUAGAUAGUUAUUUAACUUAUUUCACCAUACAGAUGAUUCAUUUGAAGCAAAAGUCUAACAUUUCUGCCUGUGAAGCAAUAAAGAUUUUUGUUUUUUUAUCAUUAUGUAUUGACAGUAAAAAAAACAACAAAUACCUGUAAAUAUGUAAAUAAACAUCUGUUUGUGCUUUA